AUGGCGACGACGGUUACAUCGACUAAUGAGACACUUACCACCCACCUAGUAUCGUCCUCGACCCCGCGUCCUUAUUCUACUGCCACAAAGCACCCUUUUCUCGUCGCCGCCGGUCAUGGCACACUUCCUCCAGCGCUCCUCGCGCUCUACCUCUCUCAGGACCGCAUUUACGCCGCACAUGCCUAUCCAGCCUUCAUCGGCCGACUUCUUGCCGCGGUACCAUUCUCCUCUCUACAUGCGCUCAAUUCGCCUCAGGAACGUGCAAAUCAGCGGAUCGUGCAGAUCCUCAGUGCUGCACUCGAGAACGUCGUGCGCGAGGUAAAGUUCUUCGGCGAGACCGCGGAGAAGUGGGAGUUGCCGCUCGAAGGAUGGAGGGAGCGCAAGGCAACGCGAGACUACACCGCGGAGAUGGUGCGAGUGAGUGCGGGAGGGAUUGAGGAUGGGCUGGUGUUCCUGUGGGCAAUGGAACGGGUGUACUUGGAUGCUUGGAAGUACGUCGGGUCGCUUUCGCCAGGCUCGAGCUCUGGUGCAACUGCGCCUGCUGUCUCUGCGCUCGUCGCCAACUGGACGAACCUUGAGUUCGUCGGUUUCGUGGACGAUCUCGCAGACGUUGUGAAUAGCUUGAACAUUCAGCCUGGAUCUGAAGCCUGCGCUCGCGCAGAGCAGAUAUGGGCGCGUGUCAUUGAGCUCGAGGAGAGUUUUUGGCCGAUCAGUGGCGAGGAAGAAUUGUGA